CUUGAUAAUGUAGAAUCCACCGAGAGUACGACAGAGAGAGACUGUAUAGCAAUAUAGAAAAGGGCUCGAAAACACCAACAGCCAUCAAAGUUCCAGUCCUCUGGGAUCAUGGGCCGUUCUGUCAAGCUGUCCAUGCUACUGUCACUCUUGUUCUUUUUUACAGAUUACCUCCAGGCUGAAGAAAUCGAAGGGACAAAGGGCAAGAAUAUCACUAUCCGGUUCACAUUUAAAGGAAAUCUCAACAACAAUUUUACUUUCACGUAUGCCAAUCUGCAUAAGAAUCGGUCAAAGAUAGAAGAGUCUAACAAAAUGCCAAUGGACAACAGGCGUAACUUCAGCCUCAUUUCCCGUGAGCCCAUUCUCUAUAUCUCCAACCUGAGGACUACUGAUGCAGGAGAGUACUAUGUCUCUCUGUACUACAAAGAACCAGCUGUGAAGCUUAUUGAAAGCAAGAGAACAAUUCUUAGGAUCCACGUUGAAGAGCACAUCACAGUGACUCCUCCCACUUCUAAUCACACAGGGAGUGUCCCUUCCGAAACCACUUCAUCUGUAUACAUACCCAUCAUCACUGGGAUUGUGGUCAUCAUGAUGAUUCUGUCCUCUGUGUUGCUAGGGUGGCAAUAUUUGAUGCAUAAUAAAAGCACAGAUUGUCAGCUUCCACACCAAGAACAAUGUACGCAGGGCGCCGGUGCCAAGUGUCAGAAGGCCUGGGGGGAAGGAAGGAGACAGGAGGAGCUCUCCACCACCACAGCCCCAGGACAGCGUGGAGUACUCCACCAUCACCUUCUUCCAGGGGCCACACGGAACAGGGCCCGCGCCGCACCCAGCAAGGGGGCAGUAGCGCAGGCCACCGACAUCGGAAACUGCCGUAGAAUGACGUCCGCAGAGCCGGGCCGAAUGGCGAGGAACCCGAACACCGUGGAGCUGAACACUAACACCAAGCUCAGUGCGGCCAGUGCAGUGCACUUCACCCCAUCGGGGUUCCCUGCACGGCUGUCACCCUCAUUUAUCUCCAUAUAAGGGUCACCUGUGCACGCUCAGGCUCAACACUAUCCAUCAUCAGAGAAACAGAGUUAUAAAAUUGACACUGUACAGCUGGCCCAAUGGUUCUUUCAAGAUGAUCCAGCUCCUUUUCUGGACAAAUUUUACAAGAAAAAAAAAAGGCUUCCUUGGCUCAGAGAAGCUUUGUGCACUCAGACCCUGGCUUUUUAAAGUCUCCCUUCAUUUUUCUCCCCCACUCAAUUUUUGACACAUUGCUGAAGAAACAUUGCACAUUGUGUAACUGAACACUGGCAGGGUGGACAAGGAGGCACCCUAAUUUACACCCUCAGCAUGCUGGCAGAUGUUGGCAAAAGGGUGCAAUGCUUUGAUUAGGAGUGCUCACAUGAAUGUACAGCCACUGAGAGCAGCACACACAUUGAGUUCAACCUUACAGUAAAACGCUCAGGCCAAUGUUACAACCAAAUACAGCUAAAAGUAAAUCUCUUUCUUCAUAGUUACAGUGCCCUCUUGAGUAGAGAGAAUGUAUUACUACGUUGACUAAAAGGUCCAGAAAGCUGAAAUCCGAAUUCUUUGUUAAUGUGUUGUUUUAAUGUUUUUUUUUUCUUUCACAAAUGACCGAGAAAUUUUUGUUUUAAAAUGAUUAAUGAAAAAAAAUGUAGAAAAGCCAGGCCUGAAAUUGGCUUGUUUUCCCUCUUGGCUAAACAUCAAGUGUUCAAUAGCCGGAUUUAACCGGAUACAAUGUAUGUCACUAAAAUGUGUGAAAUCCUUUCUAACAUCCUUUCUUCCUUGUAACAUGUCAAUGAUGCUCUUACUACUCUUACCACCGCAGGCAAGCUAAGUUGAAAAUGCCUAAGCAUUGUGCCUUCACUGGACACAGGAAAACCAAUACGCUUUUUUCUCUUCCAAAAAAUGAAGUUAAUAAUUGUACUGCAAAUUUUCCUGAGGAGGACUUCACCAACUAUCUACAAAAAAUGUAGCUUUGCUAAAAAGCUAGUGCAUGGUGCAGUGCCUUCUCUCCCUCCCUCCCUGUUGUUGCUAGUGUGACAUUCAUCUCCUAGUGGUCGCAGAACAGACACGUGAUGGAUCGGUAAGUAGGCCUACCAUUAGCUAGCAAUAAUGAAAUAGCUUUCAAGCUUAGAUAUAUGGAAUUAAAGCCUUUCUUUAUUCAGGUGUAAUGCCCAGAGUUUGAGACUGCUUUCAAAACUAAUGUUAGUACACUAACAUUAGUUUUGAAAGCAGUCUCAAACUCCGUAUUACAGCGCUAUUACACACUGAAUGACCUGCAGGUUUAAAUAUACGAUGGUGAAGCCUAGCUUAUGUUGAUUUCUUUCAUGUUGUCGGGUAGUCUGUUACAGCACUGCUCAACCUGCUCAAUGCAGUAAUAAAUUAGCUGGGUAUUAUGCAAUGUAUCACUGCCUUAAAUGACGAUAAGUAUUACUGUAACACGUUGUUUUAUUAUAUUUAUUCAUAAAAACGAGUACAAAUAAAUAUUGUAUCCUUCUUCAAUG